UCUAUAUAUUUGCUCUCUCUUGUUCCUUUGUUUUCUCUGCCUAUGAACCUCUUUUCUCCUUCUCUUACAAACUCUGACUUUCAGCUUCAGCUUCUGUUUUUCUUUCACUAUUUUUUUCUGCUUCACAUUUUGCAAUUUUUAGACAGAAGCAGAGAAGAGUUCGCACAACAUUGUUAGCAGACUUUUUGGUCCUCUGAUGGCAAGUGAUUCUUUUGUGAUUUCCAAUGGCAAUGGCAAUGGCAAUGAAAGUGGCAAUGGCAAUGGCAAGUCAGAGCCUCUUCCACAGAGGACUUACCAAGCAGUAGUGAUUGCCACCAGAGACAUGGGCAUUUCUAAGGAUGGAAAAUUGCCCUGGACGUUACCCACUGAUCUCAAAUUUUUUGAUGAGAUCACUACUAUAACGUCUGAUCCGGGGAAGAAGAAUGCUGUUGUGAUGGGUAGAAAAACAUGGGAGAGUAUCCCUCCUGAGGAUAGGCCUCUUCCUGGUCGCCUUAACGUUGUUCUGACUCGCUCGGGUAGCUUUGAUAUUGCAACUGCAGAGAAUGUUGUAAUAUGUGGAAGUGUGUCUUCUGCUAUGGAACUGUUGGCUGCUUCUCCGUACUGCCUGUCAAUUGAGAAAGUAUUUCUUACAGGAGGUGGUGAGAUAUUCAGAGAGGCUCUCAAUGCACCUGGAUGCGAAGCUGCUCAUAUUACAGAAAUUGAGGCAAGCAUUGAGUGUGAUACUUUUAUGCCUCGAGUUGAUACCUCUCUAUUUCAGUCAUGGUAUUCAUCAUUUCCUUUGGUGGAAGACAACCUCCGCUAUUCUUUCAACACUUAUGUGCGUGUAAGGAGUUCUCCGGCUGAGUCCCUAAGUCAGAAUGCUGAUCCAGUUUUUGAUAAUGGUUCAGACUCUUUAAAAUUUGAGGUCAAUGAAUUUUCUUUUCUUCCGAAAUUCAUUUAUGAGAGACAUGAAGAAUUUAAGUAUCUAAGUUUGGUUCGAGAAAUUAUUUCUGAAGGCACAAUUAAGGAUGAUAGGACAGGGACUGGUACCUUGUCGAAAUUUGGCUGCCAGAUGAGGUUUAAUCUGCGCAGAAACUUUCCGCUUCUAACAACCAAGAAAGUAUUUUGGCGAGGGGUUGUUGAGGAGCUUCUUUGGUUCAUCAGCGGCUCAACAAGUGCCAAGGUGCUGCAAGAAAAAGGCAUUCAUGUCUGGGAUGACAAUGCAUCUAGAGAAUACCUUGAUAGCAUUGGUUUGAGAGAAAGGGAGGAGGGUGACUUAGGACCUGUUUAUGGGUUUCAGUGGAGGCACUUUGGAGCCAAGUAUACUGACAUGCAUGCUGACUACUCUGGCCAAGGAUUUGAUCAGCUUCUGGAUGUUAUUGACAAGAUAAAGCAUAACCCUGAUGAUCGACGGAUCAUUCUUUCAGCUUGGAAUCCAUCUGAUCUUAAAUUGAUGGCACUUCCCCCCUGCCACAUUUUUGCGCAGUUUUACGUAGCAAAUGGGGAAUUAUCGUGUCAAAUGUAUCAGCGAUCUGCGGACAUGGGCCUGGGGGUGCCAUUUAAUAUUGCAUCUUAUGCUCUCCUGACAUGCAUGAUUGCUCAUGUUUGUGACCUUGUUCCGGGUGAUUUUAGUCAUGUUAUCGGGGAUGCACAUGUUUACCGCAAUCAUGUGAGACCUCUUCAGGAACAGCUUCAGAAUCAACCAAAACCUUUUCCGAUUUUGAAGAUAAACCCAAAGAAGAAAGAUAUAGAUUCCUUUGUUGCUGCCGAUUUCAAGCUCAUAGGAUAUGACCCUCACAAGAAGAUAGAAAUGAAGAUGGCUGUUUAGGGAUCUUGUAUAACCAUAAGACCUAUAUAUUAAAUUUAUGGACAAAUAAAAGAAUAUCGCUGGAUAUACUUUAAGCUUUGCUUGUUACUACUGGGAAUCCUUUAGGUCCACGUGUCUCGUGGCUCUAAGGUGAUUUAGGUUAAGGGUUUUUUUCAUUUCUUUUCCAUUGUCCUGCUAUACUUUUGACUUUUGAGGUAUUUUUAAUAUGUAUUGUGUUGGCCAUUUUAUUAUGAUUCUUUAUCUCCUCCGGCCACAGUAAAAAUGAGCAAAGGAUGGAUUCAAAAAAUACAUAUAUGUAUCAAAACUCAAAGCUGCUUAAAAGAUGUUAAUUAUUUAUA